CUGCCAGACGAGAAAAUGCGGGUGCUCGUGAACCUGUACCACCAGUCGGCGUCGUUCAUCACCAAAGAGAACCUCUCGAAACAAAUCGACGAGGCCUUCAUCCACCGGCAGAUGAAACGGGCGACCGCGCUCGGCGACGAGACGCCAUUCCGCGCGCUCGAGGUCGCGCUCACGCAGCGCCGCGCGAUGCCCCGGUUCGGGGAGAGCAACACCGCGACCGUGAAGACGAAUAGCAAGGCGGCGCAGGCGGGCGAGGCGUGGAGCGAGAACCGCCCGCUGCGCGAGCUGGCGGUCAUGACCACGCUGUACGGAGUGCUCAGCCGCGGCCGGCCUGGGUUCGAUGCGCUCAAGGACGAGGAGAUGCGCACGAAGCGCCGGCUAGCGGAGGAUCGC